CCGGCGGCCAGCGCCUCCGAACUUCCGAAAGCCGCCCCCGAGCCCGCAGGCGACGCCCGGGGCACCACAGCCGGCCCUGCACGCGGGCAGGACCCGCAGUCCGGGGAGCUCAGCAGGGCCGCCUCGAACUUUUCCCGAAGAAAAUGGGCACCGCUCCGCAGGGCUGGGCCGCGCAGGCUCGCGCUUAAUAUUCAAUGAUCUCGCUCGCACCUCCCCUCCGCUGCUCGCAAAUUCCACCGGGUCCGUUACUGGGCUCGGACUUCGAAGUUAACGCACGCCCGCCCGGCCGCAAACCGGGGCCUGAGGCCGCCCCCGCCCGCGGCGCCCCGCGCUGACCCCGCCGGCCGGAGGGGCCGGGCUCACUUUGCAACUUUGUGCGGCGCCGGCCGCGGUGCCAGCUCGGUGGUAUCGUAUGCAAAUACGCAUGCUGACGUUACAGAUCAUGUGGGUUUUGGCGUAGAUUCCCCACUGAUCGGCAUUUUCCCCCUUUUUUUCUUUCUUUUUCUCUUUUUGCUUUUUUCUUUUUAAAUUUUGGCCGCCGUCCUCGGAGCGGGCCUCUCUGCCCGAGCCCGGCACGCUGGCUGUCCCUCCGUUUCCCACGGAGCCCGCGGGCGCCGGCCGGGGAGCGGGCCGAGGGUGGGGGAGCCAGCAGAGUUCCAUUUUGGAAGCCCGCGCUCGUCUCCGCGCGCCCAGCCCGGGUCCCCGCGUCCGCGCGCCCCCAGCCCCGGCGCCGCAGGUCCCGAAGCCCUGGCUGCUCCCAGAGUGCAUCUGUCAGAAGAUUCCCAGGAUGUGAGCCACACAAGUGUGAUAUGACGCUACCCAGUGUGUUAGCAAUUGGAACAGUUGUGAUUUUCUGUGCUGAAAUCAUUUUGAAAAUUCCAACCAGAGACUUGAGCAUUCAAAGGAAGCCAAAGCCAUUUGAGGGGGAAUAAAGCCAAAAGUCUUUUAUCCUGUCUCCUGGAAGAAGUUCACUACCCCCCUUCACUCCCCCUACAAAUAAGCCAUUGCACAGGCAGGCAGCAUGGCAAGCAAACGAAAAUCUACAACUCCAUGCAUGGUUCGGACAUCACAAGUGAUAGAACAAGAUGUGCCAGAGGAGGGAGACAGGGCCAAAGAAAAAGGAAUGGCCAUGCCACAGUCCGACGUGGCCAAGGACAGUUGGGCAGCAGAACCGGAAAGCUCUUCCAAAGAAAAUGAAGUGAUAGAGGUGAAAUCUAUGGGGGAAAACCAGUCCAAAAAACUUCAAGGUGGCUAUGAGUGCAAAUACUGCCCCUACUCCACCCAAAACCUGAACGAGUUCACAGAACACGUGGACAUGCAGCACCCCAAUGUGAUUCUCAACCCCCUCUACGUGUGUGCUGAAUGUAACUUCACAACCAAAAAGUACGACUCUUUGUCUGACCACAACUCCAAGUUCCAUCCUGGGGAGACCAACUUCAGGCUGAAGUUAAUCAAGCGCAAUAAUCAAACCAUCUUGGAGCAGGCCAUUGAAGCCACCGACCACGUCGUAUCCGUCACUAGCACUGGCCCCGGAAGUGGUGACAGCGAUCCUGGGAUCCCAGUGAGUAAAACCCCCAUCAUGAAGACAGGAAAACCGAAAACAGAUGCCAAGAAGGUGCCCAAGAAGCCCGAGGAGACCAUCCCCGAAAACUACGUGGAAGGGACUGCCCGCCUGGUGACAGACGCAGCUGAGAUCCUCUCAAGACUCGGAGGCGUGGAGCUCCUCCAAGACACAUUAGGACACGUCAUGCCUUCUGUACAGCUGCCACCAAAUAUCAACCUUGUCCCCAAGGUCCCUGUUCCACUGAACACUACCAAAUACAACUCUGCCCUGGACACAAACGCCACCAUGAUCAACUCCUUCAACAAGUUCCCUUACCCGACCCAGGCUGAGUUGUCCUGGCUCACGGCAGCCUCCAAACACCCAGAGGAGCAUAUCCGAAUCUGGUUCGCCACCCAGCGCUUAAAGCAUGGCAUCAGCUGGUCCCCAGAGGAGGUGGAGGAGGCCCGGAAGAAGAUGUUCAAUGGCACCAUCCAGUCGGUACCAUCGACAAUCACUGUGCUGCCUGCCCAGCUGGCCCCGGCCAAAGUGCCACAGCCAGUCCUCCAGACAGCUCUGCCGUGCCAGAUCCUUGGCCAGACCAGCCUGGUGCUGACGCAGGUGACAAGCGGGCCAACCACUGUCUCUUGCUCCCCCAUCACGCUCGCUGUGGCUGGAGUGACCAGCCACGGCCAGAAGAGACCCUCGGUGACUCCCCAAGUUGCGCCUGAGCCCAAGCGUCCACAUGUGGCCCAGGGGCCAGAGCCCCCACCCAGGGCAGCCAACCCACCCCCUGCCCCUGCCGGUGACCGAAAGAAGACCAAACUGCAGAUUGCUCAUCUCAAGGCCAGCUUUCUGCAGAGUCAGUUCCCCGACGAUGCCGAGGUCUACCGACUCAUCGAGGUGACUGGCCUGGCCAGGAGCGAGAUCAAGAAGUGGUUCAGUGACCACAGGUACCGCUGUCAGAGGGGCAUCGUCCACAUCACCAGUGAAUCCCUUGCCAAAGACCAGAUGGCCAUUGCGGCCUCCCGACAUGGCCGCACAUACCAUGCAUACCCAGACUUUGCCCCCCAGAAGUUCAAAGAGAAAACACAGGGUCAGAUGAAACUCCUGGAAGACAGCUUUUUGAAAAGCUCUUUUCCUACCCAAGCAGAACUGGAUCGGCUAAGGGUAGAGACUAAGCUGAGCAGGAGAGAGAUCGACUCCUGGUUCUCAGAGAGGCGGAAGCUUCGGGAUAGCAUGGAACAGGCUGUCUUGGAUUCCAUGGGGUCUGGCAGAAAAGGCCCGGAUGCGGCGGCCCCCAAUGGUUCUCUGUCUCGACUCGAGCAGCUUACGGGUGCCCAGUUAGCCAGUUCUCUGCCCAGCACUUCACCAGCAAUUGCACAGAGUCAAGAACAGGUUCAUCUCCUGAGGAGCACAUUCACCAGAACCCAGUGGCCAACUCCCCAGGAGUACGACCAGCUAGCGGCCAAGACAGGCCUGGUCCGAACUGAGAUUGUGCGGUGGUUCAAGGAGAACAGAUGCUUGCUAAAAACUGGAACCUUAAAGUGGGUGGAGCAGUACCAGCAACACCACAUGGCAGACGACCACGGCUAUGACUCUGCACCAAGGAAAGCAGUGAAACCAGCUGCCGAGAGCCCAAAGAACGGAAGUGAGGCAGUUCCACACUGUCCCAAGGGCUUCAGAGCUCUCUGCGAAGAGGACUUGGAGCAGCUGGGCCCCAGGGUGAAAGCAGGCAGUGAGCAAGCGAAAGAGUGUUCACCAGCCAAGCCCUCAGAGGGCACCUCAGACAGGUCGGAGGGCAGCAGCCGGGACGGCCAGGGCAGCGACGAGAACGAGGAGUCCGGCGUCGUGGACUUCGUGGAGGUGACCGUCGGGGAGGAGGAUGCCACCUGGGACAGGUCAGAGGGCUGGAGUCAGACUGCAGCAGAGGGCGCAGUGGAGCCGGCUGCCUCCGACUGACAGCGGCCCGCCGAGGCUGGCCAGGCCUAGACAGGCGAGUCCUUCAGAACUGCGCUGUGGUGGGGACAGUCUUUGAGGAAGGAGAACUUCCGUCUUCGCAGGGGGGGUGCCCUCACCAGUGAGUCCAAGUGGAACUGCCACGCUCACUAGUGCCUGGAGAGCUCCCCAUGCACUCCCGGAGGAGGGACGGGAAUCGUUCACAGUGCCAAAGUCCUACUGCUGUUUCCAAUGGGUCCUUGUACAUACUCGGCUCCUCUGACCCAGGCCCGCCUCUUGCUAUACUGGAACUGAUUUGUACUCUACGGGAAUUUUGUUACCUUUUUAAUCAAGGACAACUUCCUUUUCCAGCACUACCACCGCAAGAUUUUUUCCAGGAGUGAAGGCUAACCACAUUGCUUUUCUUUGUUUUAUUUUUCUUUUAUUAAUUUGGGAAGGGUGUGCUAGUAUUAGUGCCAUUAUAGCUAUUGGAUUUUAAGUAGGGAGAAUUUAUUUUUAAAUGUAGCCUGAAGUUUGGAAGGUUUCUUGGUGGAAAGGGCUGGAUUGGGCUGUCUCCACUCUGAGUGGAUCUGCAGGUGGCAGAUCUCUACAUCAAAUGCACUUCUGGUUCUUCCGGGCUGCUUUGGGACCCCUGCCUCACCCACACACAGGUUUUCCACUCGUCUGACUUCUCCACUGCUUGUCUCAGGCCAGCGUGGCCAGCAGCGCUAGAAGGACUGGGUAGCAGGUGGCUGUUCUCUUAAGCACCUUUUUAAAUACCAGCAGGAAGGGCUCCACAUUUAUUAGCACCAUCUAUGCUUAUGAAGUUAAACAAACAAAAGAUCUCCCUUUCAAGGUGGUACAAAGACAAACAGCUUUGGGUUUUCAUUUCUCUUCUUAACUGCCUUUUCUUGGUGUGGUAUUUGAGAAGCUUUAGCUUGAAGCCUCACCAUGAAUCGAUACUUUGUGUGCGUGCGUGUGUGCGUGCGUGCGUGCGUGCGUGUGUGUGUGUGUGUCUGUGUGUUUUGGGCCAAUUUUAGAUACAUGAGUGCACUUUUUUUUUUAGAUAGUCCUAACUUUUAAAGAAGGAAAACCAAGAGAUACAUCCGGUAUAAAUGUUGCAAUGUGAUUUUUGUUUGCAAUCCCUUUUCCCCUCCUGACAUCCUUCUGUUGAGUACACUGCACAAAUAAAAUGCUAGGGAGUUUGAAUAAAAACCAGUUUUUCUAACUUGUUGCUCAUUUGUUGUAACUCAAUAAAGCAAAGACUAAACAUUUUUA